GGGCGCGCUCUGUGGGGAGCGCAUCCGAGCUCUGCUGAUGCUGGCUGAUUGUUGUCGAAAAAACACGGCGGUGAAAGCACAACCAAGCACCGACGCUUUCUCCUCCAUUUUUUUCAACCUUCCUGUUUCCACCUUCUACUCUCUCUGAGUCUUCUCCAUCUCUCUCUCGAGGGAUUCAAUGAAAUGGCGAGGCCGAACGGGAAGCACAUUUCGUCAAAGCUCUUCCUGCUCUUGUCAUGCGUAGGACUUCUCGGGGUUGCUCUCAUUGCGGAUUUUCUCUGGGCUUCGUCUUCUUCUCUGACUUCUGCUUACUCGUCCCUUGCUUCGAAUUGGGCUUUUGAGAAAUCUGGGAGUGUGGUCAUACCUAAGGUCGAAAAGGAAAGAGCUAUUCAAGGUAAGAAGGAUCAGAGUGCCGGUAGAGUCUUGUCAGCGACCUACGCUGAUUUACCUGCACCGGAACUCAAAUGGGAGCAGAUGGCGACGGCACCUGUUCCUCGUCUCGAUGGGUCGGCGAUACAGAUUAAGAAUCUUCUCUAUGUUUUUGCUGGAUACGGUACCAUCGACUAUGUGCAUUCUCAUGUUGAUGUCUAUAAUUUUACGGAUAAUACAUGGGGUGGAAGGUUUGAUAUGCCAAAAGAAAUGGCACACUCACAUCUAGGAGUGGUGUCAGAUGGGCGAUACAUCUACAUAAUCAGUGGACAAUAUGGUCCACAAUGCAGAGGGCCUACAGCUCGUUCAUUUGUUCUGGACACAGAGACCAAACAGUGGGGGGAAUUGCCUCCUUUACCAGUACCUAGGUAUGCUGCAGCAACUCAACUUUGGAGAGGUAGAUUGCAUGUAAUGGGUGGCAGCAAGGAGGACCGCCAUGAGCCUGCAUUAGAGCAUUGGAGUAUUGCUGUAAAGAAUGGGAAAGCAUUAGAAAAAGAGUGGCAGACUGAAGUACCCAUUCCCCGUGGGGGCCCCCACAGAGCCUGCAUCGUGGUGGAUGAUCGGCUUCUUGUUAUUGGUGGUCAGGAAGGUGAUUUUAUGGCCAAACCUGGAUCACCUAUUUUCAAGUGUUCCCGAAGGCAUGAGGUUGUAUAUAGUGAUGUCUAUAUGCUUGAUGAUGAGAUGAGGUGGAAAACGUUGCCUCCAAUGCCAAAACCCGAUUCUCAUAUAGAGUUUGCCUGGGUUAUAGUUAAUAACUCCAUUGUUAUUGCUGGAGGCACAACAGAGAAGCACCCUGUGACCAAGAAGAUGAUUCUGGUUGGAGAGGUGUUCUGGUUUAAGUUAGAUACGCUGGAAUGGUCAGUAGUUGGAAAGAUGCCUUUUCGUGUGAAAACCACUCUGGUGGGCUUCUGGGAUGGCUGGUUGUACUUCACAUCUGGACAGCGAGAUAAAGGACCUGAUGAUCCAUCACCAAGAAAAGUCAUUGGAGAAGUGUGGAGAACCAAGCUGAGCUUGCAAUAAAUUCUUUUGUAAACCUAACAAAUGGUCUAUCCCUUUUUAAUUGUCAAUUGAGCUAUUGUAACAUACACAGCUGUAGAAAAUUAUUGUCUUUAAAAGAAACAUUGAUUCUUGCAAAACAUGUUAUAAAAUCCUAUCCAUUUCCACA